UGAGGCCCGAGGGUGAAUUUACUGAGAAUUAAGUGAAUUGGUGCCUCGUUUGGUUUGGUUUUCUGUAACCCCAAGUUGAGUGAAGGAGCCUAACAGGUGACGUGACGUAGACCUUUAGUCCUGUCCUGUUCUGGUUUUCCCCUGAAGUCCAUCAAUGUGUCUCUCUAUUGUCCAUAGUGUAUUUGUGUGUGUCCUGCCAUGGAUUUUCCAUUCUAUCCAGGAAAAACCUCUGACUGCUGGUGGAUUAGUAUUAUUCUUAAGAACUAGUACUGUCUAGGCCAGUGGUUCUGAAACUCUGUCAUCGGGCCUCACUGCCCUGCUUGUUUUCCUGCUAUCCCUGCCCCACACACAAGUCCCAGCUGUCUUUCAGCUUCUGAUUGACUGAAAACACCUGAUCUAGGUAAUCAGCAGUGUGUAGGGCAGGGAUAGCUGGAAAACAAGCAGGGCAGUGGGGCCUGAGGACCACUGGUCUAGGCAGUGGUGAACCGAUAUGGGUUGGAUUUGGUUCUAAGUGGUCUUUGAAAAUGAACACCCUGAAAGCAUUUGAUUCUGUGAACUUGAUAGAUUGUUCGAAACUACAUCCCCAACCUCAACAGCUGGUACCACUGGUGAUGUUGGUAGCUUGCGUGUGUAGGUGCACGCGGGCAAGGGAGUGAGUAUGAUCACCAAUGCCCAGGGCUGUCAUUAGCAUGUAAUGCUUUAAUGAGACUUUUUACGUCACGUUGAGUAACUAAAACAGGGCCCUGUGUGUCUCCCAAAGCUGGCCCACUCACCAUGAGUUGUUGGUUAUGCUCACACAUCCGCACAUUCGCAUUCUCGUCUAUGUAGGGGCUUCUCAUUGAGUCACGACCAAAAUCAUGUGUAAGUAAGGCAAACCAGUUAUAGUCCUUUCCCUCACAGAGAACUUCUGACAAGGUCUGUAUCUCCAGAGUUAACUGUCCUCCACUGUAUCUCCACUGUCUCCUCCUGAUGUGGGGCGUUUCUCCAUAUGCGUACUUUGUUGUACCCAUUUUAUGUCGUCUUCCAUUGCCAAAAGACCAGUUCCAAUACCAAGAACAGUAAAAAUCCCCAGAUGUCUGUCUUGCCCCACCUCAAAUAUCAAGGAUGCAUCGGUUGCAUCCUCGCCAAAUGGGAUCAGUUCCAUGAUUCAUUGCGUCCCCAGUUUGCUCUUGGGAGGCUUCCCUGGAGGAUACCCCACGACAGCACCCACCUAUACCCCCAAUCUAUACCAGACUGGCAGCCCGGGCUACCCCCCAGGAUAUGCUACAGGGACACCGUACAAAGUGCCCCCGACCCAGACUAACGGUGCUCCCCCACCUUACUCCCCGUCCCCCAGUCCCUACCAAGCAGCUAUGUACCCCAUCAGAAGUGCGUAUCCCCAGCAAAAUCUCUACGCCCAGGGGGCGUACUACGCACAGCCCGUGUAUGCUGCUCAGCCCCAUGUCAUCCACCACACCACAGUGGUGCAGCCUAACAGUAUCCCUUCAGCCAUCUACCCCUCACCCGUCCCUGCCCCGCGGUCCAAUGGCGUGGCUGUGGGCAUGGUGGCCGGCACCACUAUGGCCAUGUCAGCAGGGACCUUGCUGACCACCCCCCAGCACACGCAGCACAUCGGUGCCCAUCCCGUCGCCGUGCCAACGUACAGGCCUCAAGGGACGCCUGGCUAUAGCUACGUGCCCCCGCACUGGUAAACCUGACUGGACAGCUCCAUAUCUGGCGUUAAACGUUGUAUGCAACUUCUCAAGUCAUUUUUUCUGGUGCUGGGUAUUCAAGAUCAGAGCCUGAAAUCUGUCUGCAAGAACAUCGAGGGAGGGGGGUAGAAAGUGCAAGUGCCACUUUAUACAGUCUUUUAGUGUUUUUCAGAGCUGCUUUUCUGCAUUCUUCCGCCUGUUUUUAGUUAAUGCCCCACCCGGUGUCCCGGCCCCCUCACGCCUUCUCGCUAGCAGAUAUCAGGAAGAAGCCGCCAUCUCGUCCUGCCCGUCUCACGUAAACGGCCACUGCGCUCACCCAGCCCCACACAUUUUUAGCUUCACUCGGAAGAUGCACCUGAUUUGUGUGUCCCUCCACCUGUUUCGCCCCCCCCCCCCGGGAUUCGUCUUCUGGUUUUUAGCGAGAGUGUUUAAAAAUAGUCUCCGCAUAUGAGAGCGGCUGGAUUCUUUAAUAAGCCCUCCAUGCUUACGAAUUAUUGCAUUACCUAGUGUGGUGUCAGUCAGUCACUCAAAUUAGCUUACCUAGGGUUAUACAAUAUAUGAAUUUGAUUUGAGAUAUAUAUAUAAAAUACACACAGACUUAAUCUAUACGGUGUAUAUAUAAAUACUCUGAAUUUAACAUGUCACGGAAUUAAAGGGGGGUUUAUUAAUAAAAUUAUUAUUAAUAAUUUUACAGUUAAAAAAAUAUUACGAAGUAGGGCUAUGAAUAAUAUCAUUCUAAACUGCCCCCAAUGAUCUUGACUUCUGGAUUUCUGGAAUGAGGUGCUUUCAUGGGGGUGUUUGAGGGGGAAAGGGACUCAGAGAUGGCACUUGUAUAGUCCAGGUGACAGCAAUAGGCAGGGCCCCAGGUUGUGAAGGCAAGGUGUGACGUACCGUCCAGUUUAUGGCGCUGGUGUGCCCUCUCUGAGUGUACUGGUUGGUGGGGUGGGAUGAGGGGGCAGAGUAUGUACUGGGAGUGUGACGAGGCAGCUGUGAUCACCUAGGAUGGACUUCACUCCCUCCCAUAUCAGAGAAGAUCCAGGAGCUUUCACUGAAAUAUUUAAGUAGUAAUGUAUGUUAUGAACAGGUACAGGAAUAUAAUCUGCUCCUUAUAGGUUAUACAACUCCGCAGUGUGGUACCCUUCGGUUAACGGCAGAGUUUAAGCGUCUAAUAAACGUAAAUAUACCCAGAUAUACAUAACUUAUGCGAGUACUCUGUCAAAGUCAUGUAAUCACGCAUAUUGACAAAACGCCAUUCGAUUUUUAGUGGAGCGGGUUAGCAUGACUGAGGUUUUGGCCGCCUCGGCCCCUUGGGACUGAUGUGUGUGUGUGUGCGUGCGUGUGUGUGUGUCCCACCCGCUAUCCCCCCUCCCCUUACCUUGUUGCUUCCUUAGAAGUCUAUACGGUUGAGGCGUCUCAGCUAAAGGGUCGUCAGUUUGAUUCCUGCUGUCUGCAGUGUGCUCUACCUUGUUUUAAAAAUAACCGCAGAUAAGGUCGCUGGUCCAUUUUCUGCGUUUUUCAUUUCGCUUUGCCGUGUGUCCUGAUAGUGCACGUAUCGUCGUCGCGGGAAGUGCUGGUCCUGAAUUGGUCCCUUAACGACACGGGCCCUGACUGCUGUCAAAGCCGGCGCUGCGAGCCUUCGCACCGAAACGUAAUUAUAACUCCCCGUUUAACAUCGCGACACCUCAGACGGCUUGAGGGCCAGGAAAAGACGCCUGUUCGGAUGAACUGUGUCUGUACAAACAUUCCGGAUUUGAACUGCGCCUGCCCGCGACUCGUACCCGGUGACGUCGGCCUUCCUGUCAGAUGUGUUACCGUUUUUCGCGCCAAGGUCCUGAUUUGUGAAAAAGCUGUAUUCGUGACCGUAUCUCUUAGCGUAGCAUUUUGAUAUAGCUGCUUCUUGUAGACAGGAACACACUGCAAGCAAUCUCAUUCAUCUUCAUCAGCAACUUAAUACUACAUUUCACUCUCUUUCAACAUUUUAAGAACAGUUUCCUUUCCAGUUUCACAUGGGACACAAGCACAAUUAUCUUACCUUGUAAUUAGAAAAAAAAAAAGAAGC